UAAACGAGGUUCUAUAAUGUUUUUUGUUGAAAUUGAUUGCUGCAUGCUUUUUCCAUCCACUGUAAAUUACGUAAACGUUUAUCGCAUCGAGGCAGUGACGACCGAGGGAACAGGAUGUGCUUAAUUGUUGGUCGAGCGAUCGCAUCAGAUAAAUAAUUUGCGGGGUCACGGUCAAGCAAUCGUCGUUGGUUUUAUUCAGUGCGAAGAGAUCGUUCGACAAACGAAACAUGGCCACUUUAGUGAUAGCCGAUUACGCGGUGAUCGUGGUGAUGAUGCUCAUAAGUUCGGGAAUCGGUGUGUAUUAUUGGCUCACUGGCGGAAAGCAGAAAUCAACAGAGGAGUACUUCGUGGCGAACAGAUCCAUGCAAGUGACGCCGGUCGCGAUCGGUUUAACGGUUUCGUACCUAUCGGCGGUCAGUUUGCUGGGAGUCAGUUCGGAAAAUUACGUUUAUGGUACCCAGUAUGCCGUGAUCAAUAUUGCUUACGGAUUGGCUACCCCGUUCAUCGCUUAUUUCUACAUGCCAGUGUUCUUCAAACUUGGGGCGACCAGCGCUUUCGAGUAUUUGCAAAAACGGUUCGGUACAGCUGCGAGACUGUCGGCCAGCGUCGCGUUUCAGCUUCAGCUGCUUCUGUACAGCGGCGUGGUGCUUUACGCGCCAGCACUCGCCCUGGACGCCACCACAGGUAUCUCGACGACCGCAAGCGUAAUCGGGAUAGGAUUGGUUUGUACAUUUUAUUCGACGAUCGGCGGUAUCAAGGCAGUCCUCGUUACCGACGUAUUUCAAAGUCUGCUGAUGCUGAUAUCUGUUAUCACAGUGAUCGUCACGGCGGCUGUGAACGUCGGUGGACUCGAUCGAGUCUGGGAGAUCGCUAGCGAGGGAUCGCGGCUAGAAUUUGACAACAUUUCAACGGACCCAACGGUACGACACACCUGGUGGAGCUUGACAUUUGGCGGUUUCUUCACAUACCUCUCCUUGUACGGCAGUAACCAAGUUCAAGUUCAGAGAAUGUUAACCAUCAAAAAUUUGAGAGGCGCGCAACACGCGAUCUGGUGGAGCUGGCCAAUGGCGUCCAUCAUGUCGUUGGGCCUCUGUUUCUCCGGUCUGGCGAUAUACACGCAAUAUCGUAACUGCGACCCCCUUGCGAGCGGAAGGAUCAAUUCAAACGAUCAAUUAAUGCCUCUUUACGUGAUGGACAUGCUUUCUGAGUAUCCAGGUGUACCCGGCCUCUUUAUAGCCGGCAUCUUCAGCGCUGGAUUGAGCACUAUCUCCGCUACGGUCAAUUCCCUGGCCGUCGUUAUACUCGAAGAUUUUAUCAAGCCCUUUUACCGUACAAGGGGCAAAGAGAUAAGCGCGACAGGAUUGAUAGUCAUUAGCAAGACUUUGGCUAUCAUAGUUGGCCUGGCCUGCAUAGCUCUGGCGUUUACAGGCCACUACCUUGGUGGACUCCUUCAAGCUGCUCUGACGAUCUUUGGUGUCGUCGGUGGGCCAGUCUUUGGACUUUUCACCCUAGGCAUGUUCACGCAAACUGGCAAUCAAAAAGGCGCGGUUAUUGGCCUGCUGUCCAGCCUGAUUUUCUCCCUGUGGAUCGGAUUCGGUCAACCAAAACCACCGAUUCCGAAAUUGGACGUAUCCACGUCCGGGUGCAACGCCACUGUAUUUUAUGAUUACGUGGAAACAUCGAAUUCACGUUUCGACCACCAACAGAACGGCGACGAUUCGUACUUCUAUCUCUACCGUAUUUCGUACAUAUGGUAUUGUCCGCUUGGAUCCGUCAUCAGUUUCUCGGUCGGAUGGAUUUCUAGUUGGAUUUUGAAUUUCAUCUUCGGAGAAGAGUCCAAGGAAUUAGAUCCCGAUCUUUUCACUCCCUUUGUUGCAUCGAGAAUGCGUAAAAGGCAAUCGAAGAAUGCGGAUGAAUUCAACAGCACCAUAGUGUUGAAUAAAAUGACCUGAUACACUCAGGCUGAAGAUUUAAGAAAAAAGGAGAUACAUUUGCAAUACGAUAAUUCAUCGAUUAUAAACGGAUAAUCGAACUUUGCGACUUACAAACCGAUGACGACAAUGACGAUGUUUCAAUUAAUCGACGUAUUGAAAAUACUUGUCUUGGAAUUCCUUUGGUUCAAUUUUAUACUUAACGUUCAAAUACUAUCACUGUAUAUACUAUCGCGUUUUGUCGA